AUGGCUGAGUUCACUGGUGAAGCUGGCGCUGCCCUCGCUUUCCUUCUUGGCUACUUCGCCGUCUUCAUAUGGAUGCUCUACGGAUUUCUCACGCAUAAAUUCAAGUGGGGCUCGCGCUACCUGGCACUGUUUAUCCAUGUCACUAUUCGAUUGGCGUCGCAAGGCUGCGGCGUCGGGUUUGGCAUUUUGGGAUUCCGGAACACAGACCUCUUCCUUGCAUUCCUGAUACUUGGGGCGGAAGGGUACUUCUCUCUCGUGUUAUGCGCCUUUCGCUUCGUCAUUUCAUGGCAUCAACACAAUCUCGCGUCCGGCGAAAGUUGGCUCGAGCCUCGCGACCCCCCUGGAACCAAUAAAGCACGCAAGGCUCUUGCGUUCAUAUUCUUGGGCCCUUUCGCAUUCUUGGUAUACCGCGACAACCCCAUGGUUGGCUUCCAUUCUGCCCUGAUCCUCGCCAACACAGCUAUUGUCGUCGGUGGCUCGUACCUAGCGGGGGCAGACUACUCUCAACCCGACUCCCCCGACACUCAGCGUCGUUUGCGCGUGUCCAAAAUAGCGCGGACAGCGGGGCAAGCCGUCUUUCUCGCAGGAAACGCUGCCCUGCUUGUAAUCAUCCUAGUUACAAUGCGCAACAACCGGCGCGACGGCGAUUCACGCAAGCGCAAGGGAACCGUUCACCCGACAUUGAUUCUGUUGUUCAUCGCGUGGUUUCCUCUUAUUGUACGUGGGAUAUUCGGCAUCCUACAAGCAUGUGUCUGGAGCCUAUCUUACUACAAUCCCGAAAACUAUGGCCCGAAUGGGUUCACGCCGCGCUUCACUGCUAUCGAGUACUUCCUAGGAGUACUUACCGAAUUCCUUGCUUGUGUGUUGUUGAAUUUGACGUAUUUCACGUCAAAGAACGACCCCAAGAAGCGAGACAUAUUUGCGGCGCAGGAAAACAAGAAGGGUGGUGAAGGGGAAGCAGACGCAGGAGUAUGA